CAACUGUCAAUACAUCUAUCCUAUUUACAUUUUAAAACCCCAAACGUCAAAACGUAUUGGCUGGCCUAGCAAUUUCCACAACAGUUGCUAACGAUAGAACUUCCACCGCUUGCAGUAACCUAAGAAUAUACAGUUCACUGACACAGCUGUUUGACACAUUCAAGUUCGAGUGCCUUUGAUGAACCGUUCACUUAAAGAGCUCCUGGUAAAUACUGUCUCACGAAAAUAUUUCGUCAUGUCACAAAAACCGCGACCAAAGCGGCGAUUGUCUAACACACCAAAGUUUGCUGAGGAAACUUGUUAUUUUAAAAUGCUGCGAAAAACCAAGGAAAAGGCAGCAAAGCAGGUAUGAUUACACUCGAAAUCUCGGGAGCAGUUCACUGAUAACGCAAAGUGAAGUGAGCAAGUAUGACAAAACGACAUAAAUUUUCCAUACUGAAAAUAUUGCAUUGACGGAAAGUAAAGUGCCAGAGUAAACUGCCAAAUGCUGUAUCUGCAAAUUUUGGAGCAUUUAGUUUUUAUGAUCUUAAAAAUUGACUACAAUUUCAUACUAAAUAGCAAACUGAACCGUUAGUUGUUUACAACUCUAAUGAGCGAAUAUCGAUCAAUUCAGUAAGUAACUGAAAAUUCAGCGUUGAUAAACGAAAUUUAAAGGUGUAUGAUAGCUUUGAUCUUAUUCUAAAAUAAACAGUUUUUAACAAAUUGUCAUUACUUUAAUUAACAGAAAGCUGACCAGCUCAAAGAGGCAGAGCUGCUUGUGAGCAAGGAUUCACCUACCUCCCGACGCCGAGGGAAGAUGCUUCAAAAAACUGCAGAAAAUAUAGAGAAAGAAGCGCUGGAGGAAUUUCAGUCCACAUUCAACGCACAUUUAGCGCACCAAGCUGAAGUUACUUGCUAUGGUUAUGCUGCCAAUUCGCAUUCGAGUUUUGCCUCGUAAACUCUUAAGCGUGCUAAAUAAGUUUCAUAUCUACAAGUAAUUGCCGGAUCCAGGCGACGGAGCUGUUUUUUUAUUGUCAAUGUUUAAAAAGGAAAGCAUUUAUAAGAAAACCAGGUAUGGCAAUUAUUCCUGUAAUAAUUUGCAUUUGUCGACGUAUGCUAAAUUAGAGUAAGGUUUUCUUUACAUUUCAUCCAGAUUUUUGCACCCUAACUAGCCUUCUUUGAGGAUUUGAAAAGAGUCAUUUAGAGAUUCAAUACAGUUUCGAGUUGAUGCAAUACAAUACUGUUGUUAUUCCUGGAGAGGUCGUUUUACCUCAUGAUUCAUAAUGGCAAUAUGUCGGAAGAAUUACACGACAAAUAAAGGAGGGCACGAAAGUACUUGGCUAGCCUAACUCUUGUUUUGGUGUUAAAGAUCAUUACCGAAAGUGGUUUUUUUUUUAUUACCCCUGAGCAAAGGACCGAAUUCAGAAAAAAAAAAAAUUUUGGACGAGCCAAGCGAGAUAUUCGCAAUUAAUUAUUUAAGACGACCGAUGGAAACACUUGAUUUCAAAACAACAGGAAGUUGAAUCGAAUGGUAAAUGGCAAAACAUGGCAGACUUUGCAUAAUGAACAUUUCAUUUCCUGAUGGGAGUAUUUUUUUUUUAAAUAGACGCACUAUGUUACAGUUGGAAGCUGAUUACGAAAGCUGACUCGAAAUUUUGAUGGAAACCAAUCAAUUUUUCAGUCGAGUCAUAUUACAAAACAAUAUCAACUGAAACUUGACUACUUGGGUAACAGGCGAAAACAAGCAGUUCAUAACAAGAAAUAUACGAAUUCACCUUCGUCUGUGAUUUAUCUUUGCACGACUAACGACUUAUUAGCAAUACCUUGAUGCGAUGCAUACUUCGUUAUAUGAAAAAAGAGGUCUCCUUAAUAUUUUAAAACACAACAACAUUUACAAUUAUGUGUUGUUUUAACCAGCUUUAAUCAAAACAAAAUUUCCAUAUAGUGCCCGCAACGGGUAAUAUUUAAUGACUUUAAAAGUUGUUAGUGCUCAUGUUAUGAGAAAAAAAAAAAAAUUUUGUCAUUUAGUAUAGGAUAUAAAAAUUAAUCUUGAAAAAUAAAAGAACAUUGGUUCUCGACGGUUGCUGAGAAAAUAAAUGAUUUCUGUCAACGAAAUAAUUACUGAACGAAAAGAACAAAGAUAUCAGAAGGAUAGGGCUGUAACAUUAUGCUAGCAUAAAUUUCAGCAUAAUAGUGAGGCGAAAGAAUCUAGAAUUAUGCUAGAAUAAUGUGCAAAAAAAUAAAGAAAUAAAUUGAU